CGGGGCGCGCAGCAACGCCCUUUCCGCCGGAAGCGGGUUUCUGGGCCUCCACGUGCUGUCCCUCCCCCCGCCCGACCCAGUAGCGGCGGCUCGGCUGCUGCCAUGGAGCCCACCGGGCUGGAGCAGAUCCUGCGGGAGCUGCUGCUGCCGGACACCGAACGCAUUCGCCGGGCCACGGAGCAGCUCCGGACCGCUCUUCGGGACCCGGCCGCCCUGCCCGCCCUCUGCGACUUGCUCGCCUCGGCGGCCAACCCUCAGAUCCGCCAGUUCGCGGCCGUGCUGACCCGCAGACGCCUGAGCACCCGCUGGCGACUGCUGGCGGAGGAGCAUCGGGAGAGCCUCAAGUCCCUGGUCCUGACCGCCCUUCAGAGAGAGACCGAGCACUCCGUGAGCCUUAGCCUGGCCCAGCUUUCAGCCACCAUUUUUCGAAAGGAAGGCCUGGAGGCCUGGCCUCAGCUCAUGCAGCUCCUUCAGCACAGUACCCACAGCCCCCACGUCCCAGAGAGAGAGAUGGGGCUUUUGCUGCUAAGUGUGGUGGUGAGCUCCCGCCCUGAGGCCUUCCAGCCCCACCACCGGGAGCUUCUUCGGCUUCUGAAUGAGACCCUCGGUGAGGUGGGGUCUCCUGGGCUCCUCUUCUACUCCCUGCGCACUCUGACCACCAUGGCCCCUUACCUGGGCACCGACGGCGUGCCUCUUGCACGGAUGUUGGUGCCCAAGCUCAUUGUGGCCGUGAAGACUCUGAUCCCUGUAGAUGAGGCAAAGGCCUGUGAGGCUUUGGAGGCCCUGGAUGCAUUGCUGGAGUCAGAGGUACCCAUCAUCACCUCCCACCUCUCUGAGGUCCUCACGUUCUGCCUGGAGGUGGCUAGCAAUGUGGCUCUAGGUGACGCAAUACGUGCACGGAUUCUUUGCUGCCUCAGUUUCUUGGUUAAAGUCAAGAGCAAGGCCUUACUGAAGAAUCGUCUCUUGCCACCCUUACUACAUACCCUUUUCCCCAUUAUGGCUGCCGAGCCUGCCCUGGGCCAGCUGGAUCCUGAGGACCAGGAUUCGGAAGAGGAAGAGCUGGAGAUUGGGCUGGUGGGAGAGACCCCCAAGCACUUUGCUGUACAGGUCGUAGACAUGCUGGCACUACAUUUGCCCCCCGAGAAGCUCUGUCCCUUGCUGAUGCCUAUGCUGGAAGAGGCCUUGCGGAGUGAGAGACCGUACCAGCGCAAGGCUGGGCUCCUGGUGCUGGCUGUGCUGUCCGAUGGAGCUGGUGACCACAUCAGACAGAGGCUGCUGCCCCCGCUGCUGCAGAUCGUGUGCAAGGGCCUGGAGGACCCCUCACAAGUUGUACGCAAUGCCGCACUGUUCGCCUUGGGCCAGUUCUCGGAGAACCUCCAGCCCCACAUCAGCAGCCAUUCAGGGGAGGUGAUGCCGCUGCUCCUCGCCUACCUGAAGUCAGUGCCUCUCGGGCACACAAACCACCUUGCCAAGGCCUGCUAUGCCCUGGAGAAUUUUGUGGAGAACUUAGGGCCUAAGGUGCAGCCCUACCUUCCGGAGCUGAUGGAGUGUAUGCUGCAGCCUCUGAGGAAUCCCAGCAGCCCCCGGGCCAAGGAGCUGGCCGUGAGCGCCCUGGGGGCCAUUGCCACAGCUGCCCAGGCCUCCCUGCUGCCCUAUUUCCCCACCAUUAUGGAGCACCUGCGGGAAUUCCUGCUGACGGGCCACGAGGACCUCCAGCCUGUGCAGAUCCAGAGCCUGGAGACGCUGGGGGUGCUGGCUCGAGCAGUGGGGGAGCCCAUGAGGCCCCUGGCUGAGGAGUGCUGCCAGCUGGGGCUGGGCCUGUGUGACCAGGUAGACGACCCUGACUUGCGGCGCUGCACGUACAGCCUGUUCGCAGCCUUAUCGGGGCUCAUGCGUGAGGGCCUGGCGCCCCACCUGCCACAAAUCACCACACUCAUGCUGUUGUCGCUGCGUUCCACUGAGGGCAUUGUGCCUCAGUACGACGGAAGCAGCUCCUUCCUUCUGUUUGACGACGACGAGAGCGAUGGGGAGGAAGAGGAGGAGCUCAUGGACAAGGAUGAGGAAGAGGAGGAUGACUCCGAGAUCUCAGGGUACAGCGUGGAGAACGCCUUCUUUGACGAGAAGGAAGACGCCUGUGCUGCUCUGGGGGAGAUCUCUGUGAACACCAGUGUGGCCUUCCUUCCGUACAUGGAGAGCGUCUUUGAAGAAGUGUUCAAGCUGCUGGAGUGCCCUCACCUGAACGUGCGGAAGGCAGCCCACGAGGCCCUGGGGCAGUUCUGCUGUGCAUUGCACCGGGCCUGUCAGAGCUGCCCCUCGGAACCCAGCACCGCAGGUGAGAGCGGGGGCUGGGGCCUCCAGAAACCAGGGAACGGGGGGNAAAAAAAAAACGGCGAGCGGGAGCGCCAGGUGGUGAUGGCCGUGCUCGAGGCGCUGACGGGGGUGCUGCGCGACUGCGGGCCCCUCGCGCUGCAGCCCCCCGGGCGUCUCGCCGAGCUCUGCGGCGUGCUCAAGGCCGUGCUGCAGCGGAAGACAGCCUGUCAGGACACUGACGAGGAGGAGGAGGAGGAGGAGGAACAGGCCGAAUACGAUGCCAUGUUGCUAGAGCAUGCCGGAGAGGCCAUCCCUGCCCUGGCCGCCGCAGCAGGGGGAGACACCUUUGCCCCCUUCUUUGCCAGCUUCUUGCCAUUGCUGCUGUGCAAGACGAAACAGGGCUGCACGGUGGCAGAGAAGUCCUUUGCCGUGGGGACGCUGGCAGAGUCCAUUCAGGGCCUGGGCGGCGCCUCAGCCCAGUUCGUGUCUCGGCUGCUCCCUGUGCUGUUGAGCAGCGCCCGGGAGGCCGACCCCGAGGUGCGGAGCAAUGCCAUCUUCGGGCUGGGCGUGCUGGCGGAGCACGGGGGCCGCCCUGCUCAGGAAUACUUCCCCAAGCUGCUGGGGCUUCUGUUGCCCUUCCUGGCACGGGAGCGCCACGAUCGUGUCCGCGACAACAUCUGUGGGGCUCUGGCCCGCCUGCUGAUGGCCAGUCCCUCAAGGAAACCGGAACCCCAGGUGCUGGCUGCCCUGCUGCACGCCCUGCCGCUGAAGGAGGACUUGGAGGAGUGGGUCACCAUGGGGCGUCUCUUCAGCUUCCUGCACCAGAGCAGCCCGGACCAGGUGGUCGACGUGGCUCCUGAGCUCCUGCGCGUCUGCAGCCUCGUUCUGGCUGAGAGCAAGAUCCCACCAGACACCAGGGCCGCACUGCUGCUGCUCCUGACGUUCCUGGCCAGACAGCACACCGACAGCUUCCACUCGGCCCUGGGCUCGCUGCCCGGUGACCAAGCUCAGGAACUCCAGGCCGUCCUGGGCCUCACCUAGACUGUGGGCUGCAGCCGGGCCAGAGAGGGCAGAGCCUGCCCAGGCCCCAAGACCACCUCUCAGCCCAGUUUCAGCUCGCGCCUUACCAAAGAUUCUGGGCCUCAUACCCACUUGCAGUCUCAGCCCCAUUUGCUGCCUUAACGGGGGUCUCCCUGGGGCUGAUCUGUUACGCUGUGGAACAAGACAAAUGGAGUCUUGACGUCCUCCCCUAAUAAAGGCAGUCCAGUUUCUGCUUGAA